CAUUGGGCGAGCGCGCAGAACCAGUGAGUCCGGCGGCGGCUUAGUAGCUGCAGGCGCCGCCGCCGCCACAUUCAAGAGUCGGGAGCCUCGCGAGCGCCGUAGGCAGAGGCAGCUCCCGCGGCUCCGUCCAUGCUCCGGGCCGCCGUCCCGUCCGCGCAGCGGGCCCCGCGGAGACCACGUGAGGGUGGACCCGCGCUGUGCUCGGCUGCGCCUUCCUCCCGGCGGACCUGCGGCGGAGCGUCCCGAGCGGGCCCCGCUUCAGGGGUGAAGGCGACAGCGACGGCUCUGCGGGCCGGAAGGAGCUGCCACCCUGCUAAGCCUGUAUCUUCUGUUUGGCUACGGGGCGCCUCUGCUGUGCAAUCUCAUUGGCUUUGUGUACCCAGCAUAUGCUUCCAUCAAAGCCAUCGAGAGCCCAACCAAAGACGACGACACUGUGUGGCUCACCUACUGGGUGGUGUACGGCCUGUUCGGGGUGGUCGAGUUCUUCAGCGACCUACUACUCUCCUGGUUUCCUUUCUACUACGUGGGCAAGUGUGCCUUCCUGCUGUUCUGCAUGGCUCCCUGGCCCUGGAACGGGGCUCACAUGCUGUAUCAUCGUGUCAUUCGCCUGCUGUUUCUAAAGCAUCACGAGGCCGUGGACAGCGUCGUGAGCAACCUCAGCGGGCGAGCGCUGGACACGGCAGCCGGAAUAACCAGGGAUGUUCUGCAGGCCCUGGCCCACAGCCGGGCCCUCAUCUCCCCAGCAGACCCCAAAACCAGCAUGACUCAGCCCCAGAAGGGCAAGUGAGGCACCCACCCAGCUCCCACACAGACCUGCUGGCUGGCACGCUGGGCGACAUGGCUCAGCCCAAGCCCUCUGCGGAUUCUGCGACUGACUCCCCGGCCAACCCCUCCACCAGCCCCUCGUCCCCGAGCAAGUCAGGUUGUGGGAGUCCCUCCAGAGCCACCGUGGGCCAGUUCCAGGCUCAUCCUAUGGCCACCAGCUCUGCCACCAUCUUCAAGCUGCCCAGCAAGUCCCGGAGCCCGCCUCAGUCUCCAGCCAACUCCUCCGGCCAGCCCCACGCCCCCAGCCAGCAGCUCCCCCACACCUCCAACACGUCCUUGGGCCCUUCCCACCAGUCCUCAGGCUCCAUGCAGCGGACCAGCACCUCCUCCAGCCAGGAGCCCCCGCCCAGACAGCCUCCCAGUCACACCCACAGCCCCAGGGGGACCCCUGAUGGGCCAGGGAACGGAGUCCCCCAGACCUCCACGUCCAGCCCACCCCAGCAGCCGUCCUCAGCACAGCCCGCCAGCAGCCCCACGGUACCCGAGCUGCCUGUGUCCUGCCAGUCUGAUUCCUCCGUGGAGGACUACACCUUGGAGACCCCCACCGAGGUCACCCACAGCUGGCCGUACCACCACGGCCUCCGAUGCCUGCAGCACUGCUGGAGGCUGAAACACCUGGCCUGCUAAGAGAGGACCCAAUAAAA